AUGGCUGUCGAUAUGGAAUCACAUCCUCUGAAAGUCACGAUCAUCGGAGCGGGUAUAGCUGGCUUGACUGCAGCGCUUGCACUCCGCAAACAAGGACAUGUCGUCACGGUGCUUGAAAGAUCACGAUUUGCAGUCGAGACUGGCGCUGCUAUGCAUAUGGCGCCGAAUGCCACUGCACUGUUGGAAUGGAUGGAUGUUCAUCCCAGUGAGGUUGGGGGGACCCUCUUGAGACAGAUGCGUCGAUUUGAUCCCGAUGGCAAUCUCAUACAUACCAAAAUAUUUGGACCUGAAGACAGAAGUCAUUGGCAAACUGAAUGGUACCUGGUGCAUCGCGUCGAUCUCCACAACAAGCUAAAGACGGAGUCGGUAUCAACAUCCAGGCCUGGCGUUCCUGUCAAGCUUCACUUGGCUUGUAAGGUAACCGACAUUGAUCUAUACAAUGCUAGCGUCACGCUGGUGGACGGUCAGAGAUUCGAGGGCAAUCUUCUUCUCGGAGCAGACGGUCUCCACUCCUUCACACGGAAACAGCUUGUUGGCGAGAUCCAGCCAUUCGCCGUCGGAAAGUCGGCCAUGCGCUGGCUGGUGCCAAAGGAGACGCUUUUGGCCGACCCAAGGACCGAUCGAGUGUCGAUCGAGACUCCCGGUGCCUUUGUCGAGUGGUCGGCUCCUGAUAGACGCUUGGUCGCGUAUCCAUGCUCCGAUGACAAGAUCAUGAACAUGUGUGCCUUUGCUCCUUCAUCAGAAUUUCAGGAUCCUGAUGCCUCAGGCGAAGAUUCAUACAACACAACAGGCAAUAGAGAUCUAAUGCUUCGCGCUUUCAAGGACUUCUGCCCUGCAGUUCAGGCAGCUAUGGAGAAUUCCGGCGACAGUCUCAAGAUUUGGGACAUGUACGAUAUGAAGACUCUACCAAAAUGGUGUGAAGGCAACUCUGCUAUCAUCGGUGAUGCCGCUCAUCCGUUUCAACCUUACAUGGGUCAGGGUGGCGCCAUGGCGAUUGAAGACGCCGUCUCGGUGGCUGUCCUCCUUCCACUAGGAACAUCAAAGCAACAGAUUCCUGAGCGCUUGCGACUUUACGAGAAGUGUCGGAAAGAGCGAAAUGAGACUGUAUUGAUGUAUACUCGCAUGAACGGCAGAGACGAGGGCGACGACUCUGUGAGGAGGAUGACCGCUAAAGACUUAGUUGACUGCAUGACUCUGUGCGUGAUGCACAAUGAGCGCAAUUCUUCGCUGGAAGCUUUGUCCAAAGUUAUUGCAGUCUGA